AUGGAGAAAGUCAAGUUUUUAUGGUUUUACGCUAGAAGAUCUGCAAGAAGUGACUUUGAGAGCUGGUGGAAGGUGCCAAGUGCCCCAGAAUUACAAAGCUUGAAUCCUGAAGACCUCCCAGAACCAGAAGCCCCAGAACUUACCAUGAAGUUUGAAGAAUACCAGCAAUUCUACGAGGACUUCACCAGGCCUCUUAACCCUCUGACUGCACAGGAUGUACAAAAGCUCAGUGCUCCAGUCGCAGAUAAGGGAUAUGACCAGAUCUCAACAAGGGACACUGCUUUAGUUCAAAUAAAAGCCACAGAGACUGAUAAAAAUGGUUUUCAACAGGACUGGGACAUGCCCCAACCACCAGUGUUAUCAAUGAAGUACACCUUUAACAGCACUGAGGAAUUGCAGGAGAAUAUUCCACCAAGGGAGAACAGUAACAAGACAUGCCCAGGUAUGGCCAUGAUUUCUGAAGAUGAAUAUGCCUCUCUCCAAGACUACCUUCAGAGGCAGUUGCCCCUAAAACUUAUAAACAACACUUUGCAGAAAAUAAAUGAUAUCUGUCAGAAAAAGAUGAGUGCUGGUCAUAAGGGACAGAUCUCCGAAUCUGAGUUAAGAGACAAUAUUGAUCUUGGACCUAAAACCAAAUCUAUGUUACUAUUGCUGGUCAAACUACACAGACUUCAAACGCGAGCCAGGAAUUCACUUACUGAUCCAAUUUAUGAAAUUCUGUGAUCAAGUUUUCAAAUAAAAAAUGACCACAUUGUAACACUUUUAAUACAUAAAUUGUCAUUGAACUGGGUUGCCUAUGUGAAAUUCCAUAUAAAGCCAUUUGAAUUGAUUUUUACUGCAUGAAAGGCUUCUUUAACAAGCUCGAUUCCCUGACAUUUUGCUCGAAUAAUUUGAUGUGUUAUUUUUUAGGGAACAGUCAUUAAAUAUUAUUGCUGUUUUAGCGCUGUUUACUUGCUUUAAUGUAAAAAGAUAGGUUGUCAUCAUUACUAUAUAUUACUUGUAUUGUAAGAUUAAUAUGUAAGUUUUGUUUUACAAACUUCUGCAGAUUUCAAACAGGCUUGAAAAAUGCUUGAAAUUGCCA